CGAUUAAUUCUUCGUUGUCGACUGCUGGGAGAGAGCUUCAACUUGGCGAAUCGAUGUGAAACAAUCUGUGUAAACGGCCGACGUUCACGACAUAGGCUCCAAAGCCGAGUGAAGACACCGUCAGAUCAGAUCGGGAUAACAAAGAUCGGCCGGUCUGUGAAGGCGUCGCGAGGCGCUGCUGCUGAAUCCCCUAUCAUACCACCUCUAGCGGCUUGAUACCAUCGAGGCGAAACACGUCGCACAUCCGCAUCUUCAAAAUGGGAUACAGGAUACUAAAGAGGAAAUGGCCCUCGACGGCCGCCAUGUGGAUCAUGUUUCCAGUCGAACUCGCGUUAACCAUCACACUACUGAUUCUCACUGAGCUCGCCCGACCAGACAAGUAUCGGACAAAGCUCUGGCAAGCAGGUUACGAGCUGGGCUUCAACUCAAGUCCCAAUGUCAUCGCCUUUGCGCACGCCAAUGGCAAACCCACUCCUACUAUCCCCCUCGUAUGGUCAAGCACGAUAACCAAUUAUAAUACUGCCAUUUCCAUCAUCAGCCUCUUCUUCCUUAUCACGAGACUAAUCGCAUUCAUUAUGGAGUUCUGGCUCCCCAUCAUCGUCCUGCCUAUCAACAUCGCAUUCGUCGCUCUAUAUGCCGCGAGUCUCGGUGGACAAGCGGGUCCAGACUACCUUGAUCCUAACCAUCCGAGCCGCGUGGCAUGGUAUAUCGCAAAGCCCUGCAGCGUAGCUGCGAACCACAAGAUCCAGGGAUACUGCACCGAAGCGAAAGGUCUAUUUGCCGCCUUCUCGCUCAUGUUCGUGGUAACCCUCGUCAAUCUCGGUCUCAACAUCUGGGCCAUGCUGCCUAAUGAGCGCGACAAGCGGGACUGGGACUCGGAUGAUGAAGACGACGAGCCGCUUCGCACUGGCGGCGAUAAGAAGGGCACAUCUUGGGAGAUGCGCUCGAUUCCGCCGACGCCGCGAACAGGCCUCAUGCCCUUUACACCGCGGACCACGGCAUUCAAUGCCCUAGAGGGCAAGAAGCCAUCACAUGUGUACAAAUAGCCUGAGAUAAGCGAAAGUCAUAACAGAUAUAGGGGGCUAAAUUGACCCCUGCCAACGAAUGGAUCAAAUACAAAAAAAAAAAUUUAUUGAUGAUAACUCAGAUGAGAAGCUUCAUCAACGACGACGAUGAUGAUGAUGAAGCUGAAGACGAUU